CGCGGGUCCUCCGGACAGACAGGGAUGGAGGCAGGGAGGAGAGACGCUGGCAGAGGGAGGGGGUGGGUUAUUUCUGAGCUCAGGGCCGCGGAUUAAAGCCGAGAGAGCAGUCCCAGCGCGAUGACAGCAUCCAGCGUAUAGCCACCACCAGAAUCAUCCUCUGCUCCGGCUGGACGCCGUGGAUUUCUCGCAAUCAACCACCAUCCUCUCACCCCCCUUUUGAAAUUCUCCGGAUCACCGAUCUUCUCGGGAGGGGGAUUAAGCCCCCCUCCACACACACCCCGGACCGUCUGUCUGUGUCCUCCUCAGACCACGAGGUGGCAGCGCCAGAAUAAGAUUGGGGCCCCGAUGAUUGCAAGGACCCCUGUCCACCCUUUUUCAGCCAGUCCCGGAGGGGUCACAGAGCUGAUGUCUCAGAAGACACGGGGGCAUGCAUGUUUUGGAGUCCUGAAGAGGCAAGCUACAUCUCAAUAAAUGGAGGAGAAUGAGCGAUGCAGGAGCAGGUCUCCAGCUCGGAGGACCAAUCGGGUGCAGCAGGUGGUGGGAACAAUAAUUCGACGCACUCGAGAAUCUCUGAGCAGAGAGCGUCUCCUCGGCGAUGGGCGGUCGCAGCGCUCCAACAGUCUGUCCAGUCAGAGCUUCCAGGCUAAACUGACGCUGCAGAUCACCAGAGACCCCGUCCUGGACCGGAGCACCGGACAUGGCUUCACUCUCACCACAGACAGCCCCCUGCUGGUCAGGGAUGUUGCCCCAGGGAGCCCCGCAGAUGGGAUCCUAUUCCCAGGAGACCAGGUGCUGCAGAUAAAUGAUAAAGUGAUGGAGGAUUUGAGUGCAGAGCAGGUGGAGAACAUCUUGAGGGAAUUGGAGGAUUGCAUUAAUGUGACUAUUCUGCGGCACAUGACAAAUCCGAAGUCAUCCAUAAUGUCAGCAGAGAAGAGAGCUCGUCUGAGGAGUAAUCCAGUUAAAGUGCGCUUUGCAGAGGAGGUGGUGGUCAAUGGGCACACUCAGGGAAACUCUCUUCUCUUCCUUCCUAAUGUCCUGAAAGUCUAUCUAGAGAAUGGCCAGACCAAGGCCUUCAAGUUUGACAAUACAACCUCUGUGAAGGACAUUGUUCUGACUCUGAAGGAAAAACUGUCCAUCCGGGUGAUUGAGUACUUUGGUCUGGUACUAGAGCAGCAGUAUAGCAUCACAAAACUAUUGCUGCUGCAUGAAGACGAGCUCAUACAAAAGGUGGUGCAGAAAAAAGACUCACAUGAUUACAGAUGUCUGUUCAGGGUUUGCUUCAUUCCCAGAGACCCCACAGACAUGCUGCAGGAGGACUCCUUGGCCUUUGAGUAUCUCUUUUUGCAGAGUGUUGGAGAUGUGCUCCAGGAGCGUUUUGCUGUGGAGAUGAAGUGUAACACGGCGCUCCGUCUGGCUGCCUUGCACAUGCAUGAAAGACUUGAUAGUUGUGGACAGACACGGACUUCUAUCAAGAGCAUUACGAAGGAGUUUGGCCUGGACAGCUUUAUCUCACCCACGCUGCUGAGCAACAUGAGGGAGAAGGACCUGAGGAAGGCAAUUAGCUACCACCUCAAAAAAAUCCAGUCCCUUCUUGAGCCACGACAGAAGGUAAUAUCGGCUACGCAGGCUAGAUUAGCCUACCUUACUCAGCUUGGAGAACUCAUUUCUUAUGGUGGACGGUCUUACACGGCCACAAUGAUGCUUCAGGACAGGGAAGUGAUGGUCAGCUUGCUAGUAGGUGCCAAGUAUGGAUUGAGUCAAGUCAUUAACCACAAGAUCAACAUGAUAUCCACAUUGGUUGAGUUCAGCAGCAUCAGCAAAGUGGAGCUGCUAUCCGAGUCGGACAAAGUCAGCCUGCUACGCAUUUCACUGCAUGAUAUGAAGCCAUUUGCCUUACUGAUGGAUUCUAUGGCUGCCAAAGACUUAGGGUGUCUGCUGGGAGGCUACUGCAAACUCCUGGUGGAUCCAAGUGUUAAUGUCUUCCGUCUGGGGCGCCCGAAAGUCAGGGUGCACCGGAUUCCUGCUGAAGAAGGUGUGUGUGGGAGAUUCGCCGUAAUAGAGGGAGUGUGCUAUGAAUCCCUAACAAGUUAUGUGUCCCGCUGCUGCAGUGAUUCAGAUGACUCCACAGAUGAUGACGACCCAAUGGAUUCUCAGAGUUACAAAGGCUCAGACCCCGCAAGUACGGACUGGGAGGAGAGAAGAAGAGGGGAGGAAGAAAAGAGAAGAGAGGAAGAAAGAAAAGAGAGAGAAGAACACAAAGGCAAACAAGAAGUAAAAAUAAUAGUUACAACAGAAGGCAAGGAAAACGAGAGCGAAGAGGAAGAAGGUGCAACAGGAAGUGGUCUACGUAAAUUUAAAGUUGUGGAUGAAGAAAUGAACCUGGAGACCAGCUGGUAUCACACUGAUCCAAGAGUUACCAGCAGCUUCUCCAGCUUGUCCAGCAGUUCCUUGAGCACUGCGUUGGAUGAAAGCAACGCUGCAGCCAAAGCCCCCUUUCGCCUGGAUGCUCUUCGUGGAUCAAGCCCGGGUGAAGAUCCUUCAAAUCUGGAUGUGCACCACCCGUACCUCCUUGAGCCAAAGCGUCAAGGGCCCCUGCGACCCACAAACCUAAACUACCGUGGCAAUGAUAACUCUUUCCUCUGCUUCGCAGAGCUCUCCAAGGAUGAUUUGUUACCUAGUCCGGCGGGAGCUACAAGUGAUGACGAUGACGAUGAUGAUGAUGAUGACGAGAAGGAGGAGGAGGACCUGGGUAUCCACAAACUCAGACGCAUAUCUAAGAUCCCUAGUUCAAGAGAUCUGAGAAUGAUUGACAGCACACCUUUUGAACGAUUGCCCAUUAAAAGAAAGAAAAAGACUCCUCCCAAAGUCCCAGUAAGAACAAGUUCAAUUCCUGGAAGUAAAUUAGCACAAGUCGAGCACCGCCUUUCUAAAGAUGAGGACAGUCUCUUUCUUACUCCUUCGCCGAACCCAAAACCAGCUCUUUUGUUAAAGGACAACGUCUCAGAAUCAGAAGAUGAGUUUUUUGAUGCACAGGAUAGAUUUACACCACCAGUUCCAGAUUUGUCAGAUGCUGAGCUGGCUGAUCGGCGAAAUGCCAAUCGUUCGAGUGGAACCUGGAAUAGUCUUCCCUCUUUCCAAGGAAAAGAACCAUCAUCUCCCCUUGCCAGUAAACCUCGAUCACCUAAAAUGAAGAAGGAUUCUGAGUUGCUAAAAGAUUCCACAAACCAACUUGCUCACCCACAACCGAGUGCUUCAAAGUCAUGCCAGAAACCUGAAACAAAAGUCAAACCACCGCUGGCACCUAAACCCCAGUUGCUUCCCAAACCUCAGAUGAUGCCUCCCAAGUCACCCCAACAUGGAAGAUCAUAUGCCCAGUGCAAUGGAGAUGCCUCUGGACAUUUGUCUUCUGAACUUUUGGAAAUGGAGCCAGACACAAUGGAGUUCAAGUCUGUCACAUUAGGUGGAUUGCCUCUUCCUUCAUCAAUGAUUACAGCAGUGAGAUGUAAAAAACAGGCAGUAACCAACACAACACUACAAUCAGAGGAAAAGACUAACAAACAGGAAAACAACUUGCAACUAAACAAAAAUCUGCUGUGUGAGAAUGGAUCGCAUGUUCUUACUAGUGACAAAACAUUCAUUUCGGAUAAAAAGGAAACAGCAAGAACUGAUGAGAAAGUCAAUGGAUCUAACGUUCUAACAAAAAGUCCACCAAGCUUACACUCUAUCCCUCGCUCCAAUUCGGGCACGAAGCUAGCUGUUCCUCCACCGGUUCCCCCCAAACCUACUUCUUCCAUCGGUUUUCAUCCAUUAUCUUUACCUGCUAGCUCUCCUGUGUCUCCCACUGAUCCAAAUAAAGGGAUGUUUAAGGAUACUAUCAGUACACCCAAUGGGAUCCACCCAUGGAACAAUCGCAAUGGCAGCAUCCAGUCAGGACCUAGGAGGGUUUCUCUGAGCCAUGAGAGCCUUUCACCAAAAAAUACAGAUGCGCCGCUCACUAUUACCACCUCACCCACCUCAGUCGAUUGUAAAGGUGUUGGAGGCCUUGACAGCAGAGAACCUGGUCGAUCUGGUUCAGGCUCUGAUCUGAGAACUAGCUCCUCCAGCCUUGGAGGUAGACUACCAGCUUCUGCUCUGAGAGGAAAGAUCCAGUCUUUGCCAUGGUACAUGACUCGUUCCCAGGAGAUUUUAGGAAAUCUGGACUAUCCCUCCACGAGUACCAUCAAUGGAGACACAUCUGGCUUUGGUUCAGGUUUGUCUGUAGCAAGUGGUUUGUCAGACUUAAACAAAACCCCUGUAAAGGACAAAGAGUCAAUAGCCUCAAAAUCAGGAAGUAAAGGAAGCAUCUUAGAUGACGGAGCAGAGGUUGUCAUCGCAACCAUCAAAGAGGCUCCAGAAGUAAGUUCACACAUGAAAAAGGCCAGCGGAACAAAUGGCUCACAUCCUAAUCUGAGUUUUAGAGAUAACAGUCCACACAGUGGCAGUGUUUCUUCAGAGCAGCCGCAGUCACGGCCUCAUUCAGCUGUUGGCCUGGGAGGCGUGACAAGCAUGCAGAUUGGAGGGGACUCACCGACCUCCUCUGGAGCAGACACUACUCCUCCACAGCAACAUCAGGAGUCUUGCGGCUGUCGCACUGUUUACGCCAACUGUUUCAGUGGAGACACUGAAGAUGGGGUUAGCUUUGACGAGGAACUCACGGUUUAUGAGUUCUCUCGCCGCAUACGCCCCAAACCUGCUCAGGCGUCCUCUCCAACGACACCCUCUCCAAAACCCAACAUUCUGUCCCUUCUGAGGGACAACCCUCGGCCACUGUCUACUUUCUCCACCGCAUCCUCUGAACUGAGUCCUCUGGUUUCUUGUCCAGUUUCACCUACGGUUUCACUCAGUGGUCGUCUUCGUUCCCUUACCAACAAGAACUAUGGAGGGCUAAGGGGCGGCUUUGCCUCUCUGCGUGAAGAUAUAGAUCAACUUCUUCUUGUAUUAGAGAAGGGGGCACUUGACCAGGCUCAACAACUCUCAAAACUGGAGAGCACAGACCUAAAUCACAAUGGAACAGACGACAACACUGCUGUAGGACAGAGCUGCACUGGAAUGAGUCCUAUCAUCAUGACAGAACCUGAAAGGAGUCUUCUCCAGGCAGAGGCUCGUCGACUAGCGUCUGGAUGUCAGCGAGCCACACGUGUUGGCUGGGCUCCAGAUGAGGCUCUGCGCUCUUUAACCACUAGCUUCAGCGCACUGGUUCAGCUGUCAGCCGCCUGCCUGAAAACAAACCCCUGUCCUGGUUGCGAUAUCUGCCAUAAAGCAAGACUUGUCAACAAGGAUGAGGACGACGACGGGCAGAAGCCUAUGGACAAGUUGAAGGAGAUAGUUGGUCUGUACCGAGAGUUUGUCGGGGCCGUUGAAACAGCUGGGACUGGUGGUGUGAAUGGUGGUAGGAGUGUGCGGUCUGGACAGAGUCAGGGAGAGGAAGAUGGAGUGCGGUUGCUUGCCAAACGCUGCACUUUGCUCAUCUCAUCAGUGUUUGCACUCACACAACUCUUCCGGACUUGCACACUGGAAACCACGGACACACCUGGCCGUGUACCACUCAAUUUUUGACCCAAACCUUCAGACUCCAAGACAAGACCUAACGGGAGACAAGAAGAACCUGCACAUAGCAAAUUGGUUUGCAACGCCAGUAUUUUUGUACAAGUGCCAUGCACACCACAACAAAUUACAUACACACACUGACACCUCACAUAAUGCCAGAGAGAAGUCUGCCUCUCUUUGUAACACAUGGACUAUGCAUUUGUACAUAUGAAUUUUAUAAUUACUUUAUUCUUAUUUUAUGAUACAAUAUGUGUAUGUAUGUACUGAUUAUCCAUGUACGUAUUUAUGUAUUUAUUUUUACAAUGUUUGCACCAUUUUCUGCCAUGGACAGAUCUCUGGUGAGUGAAACUUAAAAAAAAAAAAAAAGGAUGUCACUGGAUUUCUUUCUUCUUCUUUUCUUUUUUUUAAAAUUUUCCCUCGUCUUUGAGACAGUAUUAUGUUAUCUUUUGCUGCUUUUGAACAAAAUCUUCACUCUUCAAGGUGUAAUCUGUAAAUUGUCAUUUUAAUAAGUUUAUUAUUGCAGUAUGCUUACUGACAAGACUUAGAAAAUAUACUUUAUUACAGUUUUCAACUACAAUAAAUAGCUGUUUUGUUUUUAUAUGUGUAAGGUUUACACCUUUUUAAGGGUUUGGUUUUAAACCUCACAAUCACAAAUAGAUGUGGUACAAAACUCUAUUACACAGCAGGGAGAGCACUUUUGACUGUUACAGAUUGCACCUUUUGUGAGACAUAACCUUGUAUGAAGUGUUUUUUCCUGUCUUCCCCACUCCAGUAGUUUCUUUGUAAUAUUCCCAUUGCCCAAAUAUAUGCAGUAUUAGAACGUUCUUGUUUUCAUCCAAACGCCUCCGUCUAUGUAUGUUGUCUGGGUAUGUCGGGAUGGGGGCUUAGGCAGUGAAACAGUGGACCUUAUUUAUGUAGUUGGCACAAGGGUGACUGUUAAACUCUGUCCAGAUGUAGCAAAGAUCCAGUCUUAAAAACACUGAGCCACAAAUAUUCCUUGCUCUUCGUCCUCUUUGUACACCACUUUAUCAAUAAAAACACUGACAGAUGAACUGAUUAAGGUCAGAAUUGUAGAUAUACAUUUUGUGUCCAACCUUAGUUUACGCCUAUGCAAACAUAAACCCCUCGGCCCCUGCACAAUGUGUGCCAUUUUUUAUUUAUUUCCAUUCUAACAUUAAAAGCAACACCACAUGCAUUAUACUUGUGUAAACAUAUUGUUUUUUUUUGUUUUUUUUUACUUUGCUUGGAAUGUUGGCUUUUGGUCUUGCUUUGGAGAAACUUUCUGCAUCAUGAUUUGCAACAACUUGCAAGAUUUGCAUGACAUUUGCAUUUGUCAAAUGUAAAGACUGUUUGUACUGAUCUCUGUGAAUCGCCGCUAAAAGGAUUACACUGCCUGAUCAGUUUGCUGAUGUGAAGCGUUCGCUAAUCAGCUCGCAUUUCACAAGACGUAGCCAGCUCGCUUGAUGAGCCAUCCACCGUGAAGGAUUUACUUGAGCCACUUUUGAACAACAGGAAGGCACUUAAGACUGAUCAGUCAGUAGCCGUUCCUGUAAAUAUGGUAAGGGGAUUUGGCAAAAUGAAGGCUGCUUAAGCAUUUAGUCCGCUGGUGAGGAGAGGUAUUUCUAUUUUACAAAGUGACGAAGGAAAACGCUAAGGG